UGAUCUAAUUUGUAGUGCUGGUGAAGUUAUUAGUUUUUUUCGAGUUUUUAUUCUUAAAAUAGAAGAAACGACAACGUAACAUCAAAAGAAUUCUAAAUUAAUGAUAUACUAAAUAAAAGAAUAACAGUGCCUUAAUACUUAGUUUUCUUUUUAAAUAAACAAACAAAAUGACUUCGAAAACAGCACAAACAUCACAUCAAACAAUUGCACAAGUUGUUUUAGAAGUAUUAACAUAUUUAUUAUAUAUAAUUGUACAAUUUGCGAUAUCAAUUGUGAAAACAUUGACACCGUAUUCAUUAAGGACAAAAAAGGAUAUUGAAGGUGAUGUUGCUGUAAUAACUGGAGCAGGAAGUGGAAUUGGACGAUUAACAGCAUUACGUUUAGCUCGAUUGAAGGCUAAGGUUGUUGUAUGGGAUGUCAAUGAAGAAGGUGUGGAAGAGACUGUAAAAUUAAUUAAAGCAAAUGGUGGAUUUGCCAAAGGUUAUAAAGUUGAUUUAUGUAAACGAGAGGAUGUUUAUAGAGUUGCUCAACAAACUAUUGACGAAAUUGGUGAAGUUUCAAUACUAAUAAAUAAUGCAGGAGUUGUAUCUGGAAAAACAUUACUCGAAACUCCAGAUCACUUAAUCCAAAGAACAUUUGAUGUAAAUUCUAUCUCACACUUUUGGACUACAAAAGCCUUUUUGCCAGCGAUGAUGAGAAAAAAUCGUGGACAUAUUGUAACAAUUGCAUCAGUAGCCGGACAUGUUGGUACUGCAAAAUUGAUUGACUAUUGUGCAUCAAAAUUUGCAGCUGUUGGUUUUGAUGAAUCUUUAAGAUUGGAAUUAGAUAGUGGUCGUUAUUUUGAUAUAAAAACAUCAUGCAUUUGUCCAUUUUUCAUAAAAUCGACUGGAAUGUUUGAUCAUGCUAAUGCACGAUUUAUACCACGAUUGAAUAGUAACGAUGUAGCUGAUGAAAUUGUUAGCGCUAUUCUUUAUAAUCGACGAAUGGUUGUUAUACCAUCACACUUAAGUGCUGCAUUUGUAUUGAAACAUGUCGUUCCAUGGAACGUAUAUUCCAGUUUAUCACGAUUCUUAGUACCUGAUGCUCAUCCUGAAGAAAAUUCAAAUAAACCAACGCUACCAUCAUUCGAAAAAUCAUCAAUCAAUAAAAAAGCAAUCGAUAAUAAUGUGACAAUAAAACAUCGUGUAUUAGGUACAGAUGUUACAGAGGAAGAACGACAGCCAUAAAUUUAAAAAAAAUAAUUAACUAUUAAUUUAUGUAAAUAAUAAUUAAUUCUACGCAUUAUAAAUUUACUUAUUUUAUAAGUUUUAAUUUUGAACCAAAUCAUUGUGAUUAUACAUGAAUACAAAAAAUAUUAUUGUACUUUAGAUAGAUAUACUAAAACAGUUAAAUAUUCGAGUUUCUUCGCCAGUUAUACGAAAUUAAACAAACGUUUAAGUACAUGAUAGUAUUAAAGAGGUCGUUCAUUUUCGAUUGUGACACGAAGCCGAUUGUGAGUUGUGAUUUCUAUCUAAUGUAAAAUAAUAUUUUUUGUAAGGCUGUAUAUAGUUAUUUAAAACAAACUAUAUUAA